AUGGAUGUGAGAAAAAUAGUGGUAGUAGUAGAAGAUGUAGAAGCAGCAAGAACAGCCCUUCAGUGGGCUCUCCACAACUUGCUUCGUUAUGGUGAUUUGAUAACUCUCCUUCAUGUAUUCUCUCCUGCUAUAAACUCAUCAAGAAGCAAGAAGAAGACAAGGCUACUUCGCUUGAAAGGCUUUCAAUUGGCUCUAUCAUUCAAAGAUAUAUGCAAGACUCAUGUUGCACAGACAAACGUUGAGAUUAUUGUAACUCAAGGCGAUCGAGAGGGUAGAAGGAUUGCUGCUAUGGUGAGAGAGAUUGGUGCCUCUGCACUUGUUGUGGGACUCCAUGAACAGAGCUUUCUAUACAACUUGAGAGUGAAGUUGGCCAUAAAAUAUAAUACUAGCCCAGGGCAAAUACAGCAUCUCUGCUGGGGCAUGUGCAAUGUCCAUGGUGGGGAAAGGGCUAAAAGUUUCUGGGAUCCACUUGGAAAUGGUCAUUUGGCAGAUGUCAGUUUGCCUGUGGUUGCUGACUCUGGAGCCUCUGACUGGAUUGCUUUCUCCUAA